GCAUACGAUGGCAGUCAGUCAGGGGAACUGCGGCUGAUGCCAAACUUGAGUAGGCUGCUUAAGUUCCUGGGCGAGGCACAUGUAUGAAAUAUCGUCACAGUAUCCGACGCCGCCGAGGUUGUGCGCCUGGCGAGACUAUCUCUGCGCAGUCGGUGCGUCCGAUUGAGUAUUUUGAGAAGCUGCUCCUAAGAGAACGAAGUUCCGGCCAACUUCAAAAAGACAUUGAACGACUUAAAGGCGACAUCAUUAUCUACAUUGACCAAGUCCCAUAUCCGCUUUGGUUAGACCCAGAUGUUGGGCUCAAGUUCUUCGGCGUUAUUACAAAGGGCGUUCGCGUCAGCGACUUAGAAGCCAAGGUACGGAAGGCUAGAUUUUACUUUGAGGCGACUGCGGUUCCGGUUCAUCAGAAUGAUUUGAAGAAGUGGGCUGAGGAGCUUGUUCCGCUUGCGAGGGAUCUAGUAACGAAUUCUACAUAAUCCAUGGACUUAAUCGUCUUCCACGAGCAGGGCCGAAAUUGUGGUAGUGCGCUCUGAAGCGUCAAACGGCUUCCUGCUCCCCUGCGCAUUUUUCAGAUAGCAGUUGCCACUAAACGAGUCAUCGAUCGAUGUCAGGUUCGCAAAGAACGUAAUGGCCAGACACUUGCUGUCGUUAUUGUCGUAGCGAUUAUACGCCCCACAG